UCGUUCCUCCUUGUGGAGUGCGUGGAAAACCCUAACAAUGGCGAUGAUGCAAGGGGUGCAGAAGAACACGCUAUACGUGGGAGGGUUAGCGGAGGAAGUGAACGAGUCCAUUCUCCACGCCGCGUUCAUUCCGUUCGGCGAUAUCAAAGACGUGAAAACGCCGCUCGACCAAGCCACUCAGAAGCACCGUUCCUUCGGCUUCGUCACCUUUCUCGAGAGGGAAGACGCCACCGCCGCCAUGGACAACAUGGACGGCGCCGAGCUCUACGGUCGCGUCCUCACCGUCAAUUACGCCCUCCCCGAACGCAUUAAGGGUGGCGAGCAGGGCUGGGCCGCUCAACCUAUUUGGGCGGAUGCUGAUACUUGGUUUGAGCGGCAGCAGCAAGAGGAGGAGAUGCGUCGACUUGAAGCAGAAAAUCGAGCUGCAAUGCAGGCUGCAGAAGACUUGCGUAGGAAACAAGUAGCACAAGAGCGAGAAGGAGAAAAAGAAGAGGAAAUUGAGAUCAAGGAUGACCCCAUGGCAAAGGCUGAAGCAGAGGUUCUUCAACAGAAUAACCAAUAAAUUAUCAUAUAGUCACCAAAGGAAACAGUGCAUUUUAUUAAUUGUUUACCCCUUCUGUAGUGUGAGAUAAAUCAAAUGUAUGGUGUAACAUAU